AUGAACCCUGGGCCUGAAAUCGAGUGGAAUCUACGAAUUCGACACCCAGAAAUCGAAAAGGAUUUCGGUAACGUAAUCGAGCUGACGAAAGAUGGCUUGGCCAUUAUACCAAUCGAUAUGGCCAUUCGUUUACGCUGCGAACAAAAGUUCCCCGCACAACCACAACCUUGGUACAACCCUGCUCAAAUCUACAUUGUGAUAAUCGAAAUAUCCGCCAAAAACGCCCCCAAUUCAGACCUUGGCCGCCUACUAAUGUCGAGCGAAGGUGCAUUGACCAAGAUCGCCUUAAUGCUCCAAGAGUAUUUCUGGGUCUGGCCAGACCUCAGCCCUAUUGAUAUGGACCUCGUUGCGAAAAGGCGAGUCAAUAAAUGUGUGCUAGAGCGUAUCGAUGCGACAUACUGCGAGCGUAUCGAGUCGAAAUACUGCGAACGUACCUACACGACCUACAACGAGCGGAUCAAGCAGAUCAUCGAUGAUGCCUGGACCAUUACAUUCUCGUUCCGCAAUGAUUUUGGAAGGUAUUCCGUUAAAGGAGAUCUCAUAUACCUUUCUUCUGUCUUUCUUCCACGGGAAGUCUAG